AUCUGGUGGUGCUGCUGAUGGUGGUCAUCUGCCUUCAAUCUUCGAACGAGCUCUCAGGUCUGCGCUCCUCAAGGAAUCAUGUAGGCAGCGCGACGCAGCGACCUUUUUUCCGCGCUCUCCGCCGUUCCCUAGGAAUGUAUACGUAAGAUUUGGACCUCGGUGCUCCACAUGGCUCGUACGCCUGAUCUGGGCGCCGAAAAGGAGCGAAUCCUGGGUAUUGACAAGUUGCUGGAGGAGCUUCGGCGGAAGAUACGAACGCUGCGUCUAGAAGAACGAGCGUUGGAAAAUGAACGUAGAGAACUCCAGGAAGUCAUCAAAGCCAAGACCAUUCGGAAAGAUGGCUCUCAGUUCAAGGAUGUGGACUUUCCGUGGUCUGGGCCCAUCAGGAGCAUCAUCGCAGACACAUUCAAGAUCCCGGCCUUCCGCGGAUCGCAAGAGGCGGCUAUCAACUGCAUUCUGUCUGGCAAGGACUGCAUCGUCAUCAUGCCUACCGCGGCUGGAAAGAGCCUUAUCUAUCAGCUAUCGUCCUUCUAUCUCCAAGGACUGACGCUUGUUGUAACACCCCUCAUCUCUUUGAUGGAGGAUCAGGUAACCCAAGUCUCCGUAAGAUACCCCGCCCUCCCAGUCGGCAGUCUCCAUUCGCAACUGACUCGAGAGCAGACAUCGGCGACUCUCAAGCGAAUGCUUUUCCCAUCACCGGCGGAGGUCACGCUCCUCUUAUACGUGACCCCGGAACGCCUGGCGAAAUCCAAGCUCUUCAUGACGAAGCUGCAGAAAUGCUGGGAGAUGAAGAAACUGAAGCUGAUCGCGAUCGAUGAGGUGCACUGCUGUUCGCAAUGGGGACACGACUUCCGACCUGACUACAAUUACCUCGGCAUCCUGAAGAAACAGUUCCCAGGAGUACCCCUAAUCGGACUAACUGCCACGGCGUCCCAGAGCAUUACUUCGGACGUUAUUAGCAUGUUGAACCUCGAUCAAGAUGUGGUCGUACUCCGAGACUCCUUCGAUCGACCGAAUCUGCGGUAUUCGGUCAAGAACGAUACCGAUGAUAUCACUGCAGCGAUAGGUAACCUCAUAAGAAAUGAAUACGCCGGUCAGAGCGGUAUCAUCUACUGUUUCUCGAUCCGUGAAGCUGAGCAGGUGGCCAGAUGCCUCGUAUCGGAUUUCGGCAUCUCGGCUGACGCCUAUCACGCUAACCUCGAAGCUGAACGAAGAUCUCGAGUCCAUCGGAAAUGGUCGACCGGUAGUAUACAAGUUGUCGUUGCCACGAUUGCUUUCGGCAUGGGUAUCGACAAGGGUGAUGUUCGUUUCGUCAUCCACUAUUCGAUCCCCAAAUCACUGGAAAAUUAUUAUCAAGAGUCUGGUCGAGCUGGCCGUGACGGCGAGCCCGCAGACUGCAUAGUAUUUUUCAAAUUUCAAGAUAUUUUCCGGCAGUCUUCCAUGGUCCUUUCGGAAAAAGCUGGAGUGCGCAAUCUCUACAACGUCGUGAACUAUUGUCUCGAUACAAUUCACUGUAGACGCCUCCUCCUGGCUAAAUAUUUUUGUGACGGAACAUCGUUCUCAGGCACAUCCUGCGGGCAGACCGAGCAACGCUGUGACAAUUGCUCUCGUGUCAAGCAGACUAGAACGAUAGACAUUUCGAGAUAUGUCGUGCUGAUGAGCGAGGCCAUUGAAGAGGCUCAAACGACGGGGGUUCGCUUGACGGGCAACAAGCUUGUGGACGUACUCCGAAAAAAGACGAAAUCGUUGCCCAAAGCUCAAUUUGAGCAACUCGUUGCGUGGUGUUUGUGCCAAGGUUUUCUGGAAGAGAAAUACCACUUCACGCCUUAUUCGACGAUUCCGUUUCUAGUAUCUGGCUCGAAGAUGAAUGGCGUCGUCGCCGGGAAAGCCUCUGUGGAAAUGGAAACGAAUCUUUCAAGUCCCGACCCAAACGUUCCGGCCGAUGGACCCACCUCAUCCAGCAGAGCACACAAAAGGAAACGCGCGGCGCUACUGGAAAAUUGAGUCCGAUCACCUCAUGGCGGAAUGUGUGAUAGGCGACUGUCCAAAGUUAUGAAAUUCAGGAUCUCAAAACGUUUUGGCAACGGCUCGAGACGGAACCACUGACUCCUCGAAAGUUGGAUUAUAAAGUUUAUUGAAACGU